AUGAGAACUCCAGCUGACCAGCGAGACAAAACGAAACGAUGUGAAUUCCACAAUGACCAUGGUCACCAGACAGAUGAGUGCAUUGCCUUGAGACUCGAAGUAUCCAACCUAUUGAAGCGCGGUCACCUGAUUGGCCUACUCACAGACAAAGGCAAGCAAACAUUUCAACGGGAGAUAGAUAGGUCAUCCGGCCGAAGAGAAGUAACCCCACCAAAGCCACCUACUCAUGAACGGACACUGAACAUAAUAACCGGGGCUCUGAAGGAAAUGGGGAUAGAUGAGUUAAAGAUCACAAAGAAGACUACUGUCCUCAUCGGUUUCAGUGGAGAGCAAAAGAACACGGUAGGAGAGAUUGAGCUACCUGUCUAUGUUGAAGGAGUCAACAUGUGUACAAGAUUCAUCUCGAAGUCUUCAGAACGAUGUCGCCUCUUUUUUAACACAUUGAGGAAGUCUAAAACCUUUGAGUGGACGACAGAGUGUGAAGAAGCGCUGACCAAAUUGAAGCAAUACUUAACCAGUUUGCCUCUAUCAUCCAAAUCAAUAGAUCAUGAGUUGUUGUUCGUCUAUUUGGUUGUAUCUGAAACAGCAGCCAUCGCAGUUCUAAUCAGAGAGGAUGAAGAAAGAAAGCUACGCCCAUACUUUAAGUGCCACCCGAUAAUAUUGCUGACUACAUUCCCUCUUAAGACCAUUUUGCACAAGUUGGAGCUAUCAAGCAGACUAACCAAGUGGGCAAUAGAGCUCAGCGAGUAUGAAAUAUCGUACAGACUGCGAACCUCGUUGAAGUCUCAAGCAGAAAAAGAGCUCUACUGCCUAACCGAGGGACAGACAUCAACCAUUUGGAAACUCCAUGUAGACAGAUCAAGUAACAUAAGAGGAAGCAGACUCAGACUCCUCCUGACCUCCCCUCAGGGCGAAUCAAUCGAGCAGGCAGUCAGAUGCGGAUUCAAAGCUACAAAUAAUGAAGCAGAGUAUGAAGCAAUGAUUGUUGGACUAGGGCUAGCCAAAGAAAUUGGAGUCAGACGGAUCAAUGUACUUAACGACGCACAACUAGUAGUCAACCAGAUGCAAGGUAGCUACCAAGCUCGAGAUGACAAAAUGACAACAAACCUCAACAAAACAAAGGAGCCGCAAUCAGGCUUUGACGAGUUCACCAUCUCCCAAGUACCAAGGGGGGAGAACGGUCAUGCAGACGCACUAGCCAACCUCAAAUCAUCCAUCCAGACAACCAACCACAAGGCAACACCAGUAGUUUAUCUUCAGUGGCCUGCCGUCUGGAAGGGCGAAGAAGAGCUGAUCAAUGACAUCUCAACUGAUCGAACAUGGAUGACUCCAAUACUAGAGUACCUGGAACAAGACACACUACCGGAAGACAAGAAUGAGGUGGGACGAGUCAAGGCUCAAUCAACCCGCUUCACCAUCAUACAAGGUAAACUCUAUACAUGGUCAUUUUCUGGUCCUUAUUUAAAAUGUGUUAACCCUGCAGAGGUAAAAUACAUACUGGUUGAGCUACAUGAAGGAGAGUGCAAAAACCAUUUCGUAGGGCGAAGCUUGGCACAUCGAGCCCUAACACAAGGGUACUACUGGCCAACCAUGAGAGUUGACUCCUCCGACUAUGCAAGACGUUGUGAUAAGUGCCAAAGGUCCGCUCAAGUGUCUUAUCAGCCUCUGGAACACUUAGUGGCAAUCACUUCCCCAUGGCCUUUCAUGAAAUGGGGAAUGGAUAUAGUUGGCAAGCUCCCAACUGCACCAGGAGAGAAUGUCUACAUGCUCGCUGUAACAGACUACUUUAGUAAGUGGAUCGAGGCAGAAUCCUACCAUCAAGUGAGGGACAAAUAA